GUUUAACUUGGUAUGUUCCUCAUAUAACCUCACAUAGCCGCAGCUAAAGAUCCCCACAAAGGGUAUGCCCGUCAACAACAAGCUGAUGAAACAAUUCUAGAAGGCUAUUAAAGCUCUUCUGCCCUCUAAUUCUCUUUUUGAGUUCCGAUCUGCAUCGUCAUCUUUCUAUAUCAGACGUACAAACCAGUCGUAUUAGCUGUUGUCAUCGUGACUUUCUGGAAUCAUUUGGAAGAGGAGUUCGCGGGCUUGUUUUGUUUCAGUUGGAUGAGCUUGCUUUAACGAUAACCCUUGGAUCAAGAUGUCAAGCACUGCCAGUCAUGGCUCGACUUCAUUCUCCAACAAUGCCACGUUUUUUGACUGGCAAGACAACUCUACAUCACCACAAGUUUCUUCUUCGCAAUUAACUAUUCCGGAAUCAUUAAUGGAUGGACACUCGACUUCGUUCCCAUGGAUCUUGCAUCAUAUAUUGGAAAAGGAGUGCUCGGAUGAGUUACCAUUACGGAUAAUGUUUACGUUCAAUGCUGGUAGGAAAAAGAAAAUUAGCAUGAUGGACACCAUACUAAUCUGUAACCAUAGGACAACAACUUCCCAGUCUUCAGCAAGCACAUAAGUGGUGGCAAUAUGAACCAAAAGGAAAACUGAUAAUACGGUUUCUCGCAUCAUUACCACCAUCAGAGCCGAGGAGCGAAGCACCACCAGUGAAGGAACCAAAGGAAAAUAGUAGGAAGCUGGAAAGGAUAUCAGAGGUUACGGAGAUUAACGAAGAAUUAUUGAACAAUGCUGGAAGCCCCGAAAAUUCCGAGUUCGACCAGUUCAUGGUCUCAAAUCACGACCUCCUUUUCGAUGUCAAUUUAGCGGACGACCCUUCGUCAAUACAUAGAUCAAGUAUGGGUCGUCGAACGUCUGGCUUCCCGACCCAUUUCAUCCGAAAUGUGUGUUUGAAUAAGGUCUUCUUGGAGGAUUACAAUAAAGCCGAUUUUACGCAAGCGCUGACGUGCCUGGAUUAUGUACGAGAUCUUGAGUGUACGAGACGAACUGCGUUGCGGGAAGCAGCACUUCGUCUUGGAAUCAAUAAGAAUAACUGGAAAGCAAUUCUCAAUGAAGAACCCGAGGCGUAUAGAUGGGUUUCAUCGGUUCAAAAACAGGAGCUUGCGAUCGAAUCCUCUUUUGCAGCUUGUUAUGUUGAUCUACGAAUCUGGGUUUGUUGUUUUGAUACGAGACUUGGGAUAAAGGCUUACUGUGUUUUAGACUAUGGCGUAUGAAUUGCAAUCGACACCCUUCUAUAAGCCAAAUGUUCUUGCGAUGUUAAAUACGCUUUUUCCGCCAGCUAUGAAAGAGAUGCCUAAUGACAAGGUUGAUAUCAAGACAAUCAACAAGUACCGAACAACAUUCUAUCAUCACAUCCUUGCCGUAGAAGCCAAAGGGUCAGGUAUUGUCAAGGACUUCAUCCAGAAGCUUUUAGAGCCGAAAGCCAAACACAGUUGGUCAGGGACCAGAAAACACCUCGAGGAGUAUAUUUCAUUGGCCGACACCAUGAUUAGCGAAGCCAAAGCUGUUGAAGGAAUCGACUACUACCAUGAAACUUCCUCGUCACGACAUUCCCGUAGUGUCAGUGCAGCUCGCUCUUCUUGCAGUGAUCGACCACAAACAGCGAGUAGCGCCAAUACCAGUGUAGAUGGAUGGCCACAAAGUUCAACGUUUCUGGUACCGAAUAGCCCUGAACUCACUCAUCAUAAUGAUCCUAAGAAGUCCGCCACUGGGGCCACCUCUGAUAAAGACAUUCUAUCUCCACCACCCUCGGAAGCAAGCAAACCCCACUCCCCCCUUUCCUUCCGCGAGCGAGCCGCAAACGCAGGCGGGUUAAAGACAACAAACGGCAUCUCCACAAAUCGAAAGAGUACCCCUAUGAAGGCACCACCCCCCUCAAUCACCAUCCCAUCCCCCGACAAAUACGCUCCAGGUCCGAAAACUAGUCCCCUCCUUCCUGGCCGUCGCUUAUCUAGUCCCACAGCUCCCGGAUUCUCCCGACCCGAUCAUAAACCAUUACCAGAGCCCAUUGAGGAACCAGCGGUUAAAAAGUCCGGCUUCGAUUUUCUCACCAGGCCAUGGCAUGUGCCGUCUUCGCUAUCUAAUGAGAGGGAUGGCAUACCGCCUAAUGGUGUGGGGCCCAAGAGGAAGAAGAGCCUCACCAGUUUCUUGGGCUUGAGAAGAAAGGCUUCGAUCGGUCAUGGUGGGGGGUUUGGGAGCUCGGGUUCGAUAACGGUCCCACCCACGACGGGUUUGGUGUCUGGAUCAGCAUCCCCGACGACAUUGCGACCGAAAUUCCAACAUACGCGGUCGUCUUCUGAGAUCGUCGGACUUUCGGGAUCGACCAUUGAAAUUUCAAGGCAGAGGGCGGUUAGUACGAGUACCUCAGCGCCGGAUGUGAGGAGGUUAUUGGGCAAGAAGAGUCUUCCUGACUUCUCAGCCGUCAAGGUUCCCCAAUCGAAUUCGGGAGCACGAUUAAGUGAUGGAAAUGGGGACUCAUUACCCCCCCUGCCGCCAUUGCCAGUGCAGGUCAACGGGCGAAUGAUCAUCCCACGCAGCUCAGAAAACCUACGGGAGCUGAAUCGAGAAGCGCUAAAAUUCGACGACGCAGGCUUCGCAGCCAUCAACCUAGAUUUCCGCGCCAGCACCGCUACACAACAAUCUACCCUCCCCGCCUCCAACCUCCCCUCUGCCAAAUCCUCCCCCACCAAGUCCUCGCCCACUAAAAUUCCUGACCUUCCGGAGUUGAUGACCAGUUCCAGUCUCAGCUGGAACGAACGGGUCUCCAUGCGAGCUUCUGCUGCCCCGGCACCACUUCAUAUCAAGAAAACAAGUGAUGCGAAGAGGGAGGAGGAAUAUCUAAUCCAGUGGAGUGAGUUUGAUCGGCCCCGGACGGCGCCCAAGCCCCCUGAUGGAGCGAAGAGGAUGGUCGUUCUGGAUUUGGGGAAGUUUGCGAGGGCGGAGGAGAGGAAGAAGAUGGGUGGGAAUGGGGGGGGGAGUUUUUAA